AUGACCACAACCUACGGCUUGUUACAGGCACUGUCCACCGAGAUACAACCACGCCUUUUAAAGCCGAAAGUUCACCUAGAGUUACCGAAAACAAUCAUUUGGCAGAUCGGAAUCAAGUCGCAGAACGAUAACAAUCAGAUGCGGAGACGAUCCAGAAUGAAGGUUCUAAAGAUAUUGCAGUCCUUUUCGCAAGGAACGUUCAUAACGUUUUUGCUGCUUGUCUUCGGCGUCGAUUGCAUGGGUGCACCUGGGUACCUGGACUUUGACAAUCUGCCGGAGACGAACUUUACGUGCGCGGGCAAAGUGAUCGGUGGUUACUAUGCCGAUCUGGAGGCGUCCUGCCAGAUGUUCCACGUUUGCACCAUCGGCCAGGGCGACGAACCGAUGGACAUCAAGUUCCUCUGCCUCAACGGGACGGUGUUCGACCAGGAGACGCGCGUCUGCGAGCGCGUCGACGAGGUUGACUGUUCCAAGUCGGAGAAGUUUUACUAUCUAAACCUGGAGCUAUACGGGAACACGAUUAUUCCGUCACCGGAAGAUGGCAGCUCCGAAGAAGAUGGAAGCGAUGGGGGCGACUCCUCGUCCACCACGUCAACAACGACCACAACUACAACAACCACUACGACGACCACAGCCAGGCCACCGACAACGACGACACCUUCGCGAAGAUUUAUUUUCAACAACAACAGUAACAAGGGCUUCACGCAACCGAUAUCGUCUUCGACGAUAGCGACCCCGAUGCACGCCUACUCCAGUACCUCCCCGAAAACUACAUCCGAGCAGGAGGAGGACUACGAGUACGAAGACGAAGAGUACGGCGAGGAAAAGCCGGCCGAUCAGGACUCGGUCGUCGUGCCUGCCCUGGAGGAGGAUGGCAGUUUCUCUCCGCAGCAGUUCACACUCCAACAACAACAGCAACAGCAGCAGGGUGGUCAGCCAAAAACGGAACCCCCGACGAAAGCAGGAGGUGUCAAACCGGCCGUGUCCUUCCAGCAGCAGCACUUCCAAAACGGUGGUACACUUGCGGUGACUAACUCGCAUGUCACGGUAACGACGCAUACGACGGGCGGUGGUCAGGUGGGGAGCAACAACGACGCUACACCCAGCAGUGGCGCGAAAGCUAAGCCGGUACCUUCGCAACCUCCGCUGACGCACAAGCAGAAGCAACAGCUGGAACACCAGAAGCGCCAACAGCAGGAGCAGUUGCUUCAGCAGCAAGCCAUCACCAAGCAGCAUGAAGAAUUGCAAAAACGGCAGCAGGAGGCGGCCGUCAAGCAGCAGCAGAAGGCUUACCAGCAGCAGCAGAAACAGGUUCAGCAGCACGAGGCCGAAAUCAAAAACCAUCAGGCGCAACUGUUGCUGCAUACGCAGAAAAUCAACCGUCAACAGCAGAAGCCAAACGUUCCCCCAUCGGCCACUCCGGCAACCCAGCGGCCACCGUUUGCUGGGGGAGCGAGUGGUUUUGGGGUCAGUCAGCAGCAGCAGCAGCAGCAGCAGCAAACACAAGCACCAAAGAGAAUACCGCUGCUUGCCUCACAGUCGCCUCUGGCAUUGCCUACUCCUGUCUCCCCGUUGACACCGUUCCGGUUGAGGGCUCAGGGUUUUAAGCUCCCUCCAUCGGUGGCCCCUCAGAUGUCGCCCCAGCAAAGACAAGACAUACUACGGCAGCAACAGCAUCAACUACAACAGCAACAACAGCAGCAACAACAACAGCAGCAGCAGCAGCAGCAUCAUCACCAUCAGCAAGAAGAGCGCUUCGAAGGCUACCGAAGACAACCACCACCUCAGUAUCCGGUUCGUUUUCAGGUACCGCUGCACCUUCCCUUCGAGCAGCAGCUGCGCAACCAGAAGGACAUAUCGCUCCAGUUCGAUCCGGAAGUCGAAGACCUUACGCAGAUCCCGCAGCACAAGGAGCUGAAGCGAUCGGAUCCCCCCUUCCACAACCAUAGCCUCGGUAAGCCGGCUAAUGGUGGAAGCUCGAAGGAACAAGGCUCGGGAACGAUCGCGGUCAGUGAGUGGAAGAUUGACGGCAACCUACCGUCUCAGCAGCAGCAGAAGGAGACGGAGGUGACGAUCGGAAGUGGUGGUGCCGGUCAGGAGCCGGUGGUGGAGUACGAUUAUGACGAGGACUACAGCUCCGAUGGGGACGAAACGGACGCUGGCAAUAACCCUAGCCUAGAUAGCGUUAAGUCGAACACCAAUAGUGAAUUUGUCAUCACCAGGAACACAUCGCCCGGUAAGAGCGGAGAGGAUCGCCACCCGAAGGAGCUCACUGGCAGUGUAACUAGCAGAGAUGGUAGACCUAGUACUAAUCCUAGCGCAAGUAGUUCUAGUAAUAAUAGAAUUAGUAGUAGCACAGGCAGUAAUAGUGGUAGCGUUAGUAGUUACAUCGAUCGUAGUUCUAAGAAGUCCCCUAGCAGCAGCAGUGGCAACACUAGUAGAUUUAUCAUCAACAACGAGCACCACAAGAGCAGCAGUUCGCCCCCGCGCGUUCAACCUUCCGCUCGUAGUGGCACCGCUCCGGGGACUCCCGGAGUGUCCGGGCUGCCCAAAGUGAUCGUGACGACCAGCACCUCCAUCCGGGACAACCAUGGUCGCACGAUCAACUACUCGAUCACCAGCAAUGGCGGUGGUUCCUUGUCGAGCACCGUGCAGCCGGCCACUUCCACGACCGUGGGACCACGAUCCUCCAAAGCGCCACCGUCCUCGGUCCGGGGUUACGACGAGUACAAAGAGAGUGACGUCCUAAGUGAUCCGUUCUUCCUGGACGUGCCGCGCACGGGAGGCGGCGGUGGUAAUCCACGGCCGAGAGCCCGCAGGUCACUGUCGACCAGCGCCAACCGAACGCGCCGAAAGCGAUUCAUGCUGGUUGUUCCUCUUUUCAUGUGA